CUUCCCCUAAAGUCUCGAUAUUCCAGUCACCGUCAUGCAGAACCUUCGCGUUUCCGUGCAGCUACCCGAACAGACGACGCGUGAGGACCAUAUUACGAAGCUCCCGAACGAGCUUCUAAUCGAAAUUUUUACCAUCGCACUAUGGACCAGCGGACGGGUUGACUAUCCUUUCCUCCUCUCCGUCAUAUGUAAAGGAUGGCGUGCCUUAGCAAUUAGCCCGGCCGCUACAGCGCUCGUCCUUGACCCCGACUUGGGACCCAAGGCGGUCUUCCCUAGAGAUCAGCACCAUUUCACGACGACGCGAGCCUCCACUUUACGAGGGAUCCUGGCUGGAAGUGUCGAUACCGUGGAGGUUCUCGAGCUUAAUGGUGUUAUCUCCACAGACGAGUUUCCCAAUGACUUCGGUCUUACCAACAGAAGGCUCACUCUUCCCCGUGUCGGUCACUUCACUCUCGGGUAUACAAUCUCACAAGAAGUCAGACUUUUGUUGCAAUAUCUUGACCUCCCGGCCAUCCACGACUUGACAAUUAUUAACCUUGAAGCUAUUUGGUGUACGGAUUCCACCGACGCAAUCGAGAACAUUAUAGACUAUCUCCCUCUCCACCAGAUCAACACGCUCACACUCGACCGUGUUUGUCAUGGGGAUCACCGGACAAACACUGUUCCGACGGUCACGAAGAAUGAAUGGCUGCACGAUGAAGACAAGCUUCCCCUCUCUCUGCGCCUUAUUCGUCGACUUACCUCGCUCAGGCACCUAUACCUCUACUCGCCUUGCAGUGUGUUCAUGGAAUACAUGAACUACCCGAUCAAUCUCAAUGACUUGAACGACGGGCAACUUGUAGGUCGUGCCCUAAACAUGUCCGAUCUGGAGACUUGGUGUCUCUCCGCAUCGAGCAAGGUACUUUGUGUUCGUCCUGGACACAGCGUGGGGACGUUGCUUCGUAACCGCUUGGAGUGUUGGAUUGUAGACGGUGUGUAUAGGGGACCUGAUAUGACGGAAAUGGAUCUUUGGCUGUCAAGGAGCAUCAAGAACGAGAUUCGGGAUCUCGAAACUCUGUUGCCACGGGCGUGGAAGAAUUCUCGCCUCUUAGAAUGUACUGUACCUCGUGAUUGCAGAUCUGAGUAUCUCAUGGUUAUCUUUUCCUCGUCGGAUAAGGAUCAAAUUCGUAGUUACCAGUAUGAGGUGGUAGAGAGAGAGAACAUCUAA